CGGGCCUCACCGCCCCCUCCGUCUUCUCUGAGGCUCCGCGCCACUUCCGCUCCUUAAGGCCGAACCGGCCCCUUAGGGCUCGGGUCGUGCGGAGCUGACCCCUAAGGAAAUGCGGUCGCGCCACGGGCGGUGGUGGCUGCUGCUCUGGCUGCCGCCCCUGGCCACACUGCCCGUGCGCGGGGAGGCGGCGACGGCGGCGGCGGCGGCGUUGUCAGUUCAAAGGUGUAAAGCUUUGAAGGAAAAUGAUUUAAUUAGAACUUCUGAGUCAGACUGUUACUGCUUCAAUCAAAAUUCCCAUGUGGAGUGGAAAUACAUGUGGUCAACUAUGGAGGUGAAAAUUACCAGUCCAGGCCUUUUCAGAAUUGUAUAUAUCACAGAAAAAUAUAAUUGCCAAUAUCCAGAAACCAUACUAUCUUUUAUCAAGUGUGUGAUUCAUAACCUUUGGACACCAAAGGAGUCUAACAAAAUAACCAUAAUCAUCAAUCCAUACGGGGCGACUGUGUGCUUCUCUGUAGAGCCUGAGAAGAAGAUAUUUAAGUAUAUGAUACAUGUGAAUCGAAACAUUGUGGAUUUCAAACUCUUCUUUGUGUUUGUGGCAGGAGUUUUUCUUUUCUUUUAUGCAAAGACCCUGAGUCAAAGCCCUACUUUCUAUUAUUCCUCGGGAACUGUGCUAGGUGUUCUAAUGACAUUAGUCUUUGUCUUGCUGUUGAUGAAAAGAUUCAUUCCAAAGUAUAGCACCUUUUGGGCUCUAAUGGUUGGUUGUUGGUUUGCUUCAGUUUAUGUUGUCUACCAGUUGAUGGAAGAUCUGAAGUGGCUGUGGUACGAAAACAGAACAUAUAUAUUAGGCUAUGUCUUGAUAGUUGGAUUUUUCAGCUUUGCUGUCUGUUACAAGCAUGGGCCCCUUUCAGACGACAGGAGCAGAAGUCUUCUGAUGUGGACACUGCGGCUCCUCUCUCUGCUUCUGGUCUAUGCGGGCGUGGCCAUGCCUCAGUUUGCCUAUGCAGCCAUAAUCCUUCUCAUAGCCUCCUGGAGUCUGCACUACCCACUGAGAGCAUUCAGUUAUAUGAGGUGGAGAAUGAAGCAGUGGUUUCCAACAGAAGAGCUGGUGGUGAAGUAUCUUACGGAAGAUGAGUACAGGGAGCAAGCUGAUGCUGAAACAAAUAGUGCUCUGGAGGAGCUGCGCCGGACCUGCCGAAAACCCGACUUCCCCUGGUGGCUGGUCAUCUCUAGACUCCACACUCCUGGAAAAUUUGCAGACUUUGUUCUUGGAGGAAGCCACUUGUCACCUGAAGAAAUCAGUCUGCAUGAAGAGCAGUAUGGCCUUGGGGGUGCCUUUUUGGAAGAGCAGCUCUUUAACCCAAGUACUUCCUGACACUGAACCUUCAAGUUGACUUCAUUCUGGACAAGGAUAUGGGUAAAGGGCAGAGGUCUGUUAAAGUUAGGCAGAACUGUUAUAGUGAACAGUGGCAAAAACAUUUGCUAUAGAGAAAAGUCAUUGUGGGAAGGAAAGCUAACCCAUUUUGAAGAUAACUUAGCAUUCUUGGUGACUUCUGCUACUUAUUGUACUGUAGGUGGGUAUCAAGAUUCUGUGACAGCCAUUACCACUUUCCUUGAAUGAAGACUUUCGUUAGGAACAGGGGAAUGAUGUUCUUCAAAAGGCUAGUAAGCACGAACAGGUGCUUUGUUGAGACCAGGGCACUCACGCCACUCUUAAUCCCCUGAACCUGUGCCAGAGAACUCUGAAAUAGUCUUCCUAUAUUUCAUCAGCAUAAGUCCAAAAAGAGACCUGAGACACGCUGGACCAGUUGUUUUCCAGAAUACAGCUCAGAGGAUACUACUAAGUGUUAGUCAGUAAAGGUAUUCUGAGGUCAACUAAGAGUGAUACAAAGUUAAACUAAUGUUCCUCAGGACCUCUCAGAGGCAUUAUUCAUGCUCACGUGCACUGUGAAUCUCCCAGAGGGGAGAAAUUAUGCAGUUUCUUGUUUAAUUUGACCACAGAACUCUUUCAUGAGAUUAAUAUUCUUUGGAACACACUUGUUUGGAAAAUGCUAAUGGUGGUGGAAUUGAGCUUUGGAGAGGUUAAAUAACAUGUGCAAGACCACAUUGAGAGACAACACUGGUAGAAAUCCAGCCCUGGUGUAUCCUGUGACUCAGGUAGACAAGAUCUUCAGGUACAAGCUUAGGAGCCAUCUCCCUAAAGCCACAGGCCUCACAAUGUUGGUGACUUGACUUUUUAUUUUUCAAUAAUCCAACUUGCUAUUUAAUUGUGAUAAAGGGAAACGUUUCUUAAGAUAUUUUAAAGUUUUUUAUAAUACAUAAGAUUUUUAUAUACAUAUAAAAGGAUUAGAUACUAUGAUUACUUUUUUUUUGUAUUUUGAAAUUGAAGGCAUUUAACCUCUUGUGACAUUUUGAAUUGAAUUUGAAUUUAAAAAAAUUGUUUAGCUUUAUGGGUUUAUAACAAUUUCUUACAAAACAAUUUUUUUCUUGAUUUAUGAUAUUAAAAUCUAGAGUGGAAUGAGGGGCUAACUGUGAGCUUUGACCCUGAGAAAAGAAGGCCAAAACAUAGAUCUAAGAAAAGAUUUGAACAUGGCAAGACAUUCUCAAGGUUAAGAUGUUGCUAAAUUGAUUCUGAGAAUCCAAAUUAGGCUUUUUUGCUGUGAUGGGGUCAUAAAAAUAAUCUUUUUAUUAGGACAAGGGUUAUGGGGGAAGGAUGCACAGAAUUUUGGCACUGCUGCUUUCCUGAGCGAAAUUUGGUAGAGUUUUUCUGUCAUGAAAAAAGAACAUGGCUACCCAUCUGGAAUUUUCUAGAUUGAUUUUAAAAUGAUAGUUCCUCUUUGAAGUAAUAGGUCAGUAUUUUCAGGUCUGUUUUUGCCAGACAUCUUUUCAUACUAGGAACUUUUAUUUUUUGUAAUAUUCACUAAUGAUAAUCUGUGCCUUUAAAUAGACUUUGAUUUUAAAAAACCAAAGGAUAUAUUUCCCAUUCAGAUUUAUGGUAACUAUUUUAUGAGUAAACAGAAGUUUGAACAUUUUUCCUAUGGUUUAAAAUGAUUUUUUAAAUAAUUAUAUUUAUUGGUGAUGUAAAUGUAGCAGAUGUAUCAAAGCCUGUGCUCACCAAGUUCGUCUCCUAAGAGGAAGCUUGUAUGAUAACAACACAAGCACGUGAGUAAGUAACACAUGAACAAUCUGCUGGGGCUGCUGGGUACAUCCCAGCCAGGACAGCCGCUGGGCCAGGGGAAGAGGUACUGCUGAGGGAAGGAAGCAGCUCCUCACGGGCAGCUAGCCAGCUGUAACCAUCACAGUGAGAACAGCCAAAGGGAGAACAACAGCAGUCCUUCAGGAUAUUGUUUUCCAUGUUUAUUUUUAGAGGAAAUCAUAGGUUUGUCAGUUUCUGCUUUGUGACUACCAUGAGAAGUUAAACAAUUAAAAGCAUUACUU